AUGCCACUCAAGCAUGUAGCGUCGUUUGGCGCUGUUGGCGUCUUAUCGGUGGCCGGCGUGCUUGGAGGAACGCGAUGGCGCCGCGUCGAGCUGCGCCGCGCCGAGCUAAACGAGGAGUACACGAAACUCAUGACUGACAUGCGUACCUUCAACGAGGAGCGUCUCACCCGCGAUGGGCGCCUGGCAGCCAAGGAGGCGGAGGCGAAGGCGACGGCGGAGACGGUGGAUAUAUUGUGGGGCGAUCGGCUGGCGCGUUAUGCGCAGGUGAACAAGGACCUGCACGCCUACCUGGCUGCUUUGCCUGAGGCGAUUGGCGCACUGAAGGGCCUUUCGAACCACUAUCGCUACAUGUCGGAGGAGAUGCCAAAGUUUAUGGGGUUUGACAUCGCGUGCUCCAAGAUGCACAACCUGGCACUGAUGCUGGAGCACGGAAAGGCGGUAGGCAUUGAGCGCGUGGCAGCGACGGUGCAGGCGAUGUUUGCCGCGGAGCCGCUUGUGCAGACGGUCUGCACGAGCAUCUUGGCAGCCCCGGCUCCGCCGCAUCCCAGCUCGAUCGCUGCGGCCAGCGCCACCUUCACCUUCUGCAUGGAAGAGCUCGACCGCGCCGUGGGGGCGGUUGCUAUGCGGUAUGCGGCAGCACUGGAGGAGCCCCAAAAUACCACGCCUGGCAUCUUAUCAGAUAGUGUCCGUAAGCUUAUAGGCAUGACGCGAGCAGACACACUUAGCAAAGGUCAGCGCCAGCUGGCGGAGCGCCGAAAGGACUUGGAACGGAUGCUUCGCCGUGCCCAGCGCCAGCUGCACACGGAGGAGGACAUCCGCGCAGCGCUGGAUUACACGAGGGAGCUGGAUCGGCAUCUUACGGCUGCUGCACCGAGAAGAACCGACUUGUUGCUUUCAUCGCCUUCCAGGAAGGAUAACUUUCUCUCCGCCGUGCGGUUGGAUAGUGAGGUGAAGAAGGCCAUCCAGCAGAUCGACCUGUGGCGUGACUCGGCAACCACUUUCCUGGUGUACCGCCAGGCCGAGGACGCGCUGCAGAGCUACUACUUCCUCCUCGCCGAGACGCUGACAACAGUGAAUGAGUUGAAGUAG